AUGAGAAAAGUUUGGCGUGAUGUUCGUCGCAGUCUUUCACGUCCAAAGGAUGACGAAGAUGAAAUAGAAAUCGAAUGGUUCGACACUAAUACAACACAUAUAUUUAUGUUGGAUAUGCGGAGAGGUAAUCUCUAUAAACAGCUACAAGCAUCAAUCACUCGGUUGCAUUCGAACUUCGAUGAUUUCCUGAAAUGGGACGCAACCGCACCACAACAACAAUACUGGUAUAUAACGGAUGAAAAGAGCCUCUUAUUUGCUAUUAAGUGGGAGACCGGUAGACGAGUUUUCAUCAAAACAGAAGCCAAUUUGGGGAAUAUUUCUACAAUGCGAUACUUACUAAGUGUACUUUUGAAUGUGAUUGAUCUACAGUUAUCACUGCCGCGUGGAUCAUCAAAAAGUAUUGAAUUUCAAGGACGUUCUCGUAAAAUGUCGCUCAUUAUGUCAAGCUUUCGUAGGGUGCUUCCCUACUAUGAGGACGACUAUUUACAAGCGAUCGGAGUGAAAUUGCAUAGUGAUCCAACGUUUCGUCUUUUCAUAAUUCUACCCAAAGAUUGCACCACUGUUGAACAAUGUGAAGAGCACAUAACCGGCAAAAAGUUCUUGCAACUGUUUGCAUCAAUGUGGUAUCACAUGGUGGACGUUUCAUUGCCGAAAUUCAAUAUCAGCGACCAACACAAUUUGAAUGAAAAACUCGAACGACUGAAAGUGCUAGAGAUGACAAACAAGGAUAAGAAGUUUCCUGGGAAGAAGUGCAAAAAUGAUGGUACUACUAUCACAUCACUGCUUUGCGUUCAUUCUGUUCGACUGGCUUUCAACAACUCAUCUGAAGAUUGUAAAUGUACAAUGGACGAGUGCGACGAAGACGUCGACGACGAACCAAUCGAACUAGAUGAACUUCCUCCAACAGCUCUGUUUAUUGCCGAUCGACCCUUUUUAUACGUGAUCAUCAAAAACUCUACACUUCUUUUGAUCGGACGUGUUAAACCAUAG